AUGAGAGAAGCGGGCAUGGCCGAGGAAGCCAAGUAUGACCAUGUGCUCACGUCCGAGUACGCUGCUCUCAUCGCUCAGGAAUACGGCCGGAACCCGAUUGUCAACGAUGAGGCCGCCUUUGACAUCUAUCCUCCCCCCCCUCAUCCCGAGCCGCAUACUCUGCCGACUCGCCCACCUGUGGUCACAAUCAUGGGUCACGUCGACCACGGCAAGACCACCUUACUGGACACCCUCCGCUCCUCCUCUGUCGCCAAAGGGGAGGCGGGUGGUAUCACGCAGCAUAUCGGUGCCUUUUCCGUCCCCGUUCCCCACGCGAUGCGCAACUCGGAGUCGGGCCCGAAGACGAUUACCUUCCUCGAUACACCUGGCCAUGCUGCCUUCAGCGCGAUGCGCGCUCGUGGCGCGCAGGUGACGGAUAUUGUUGUCCUGGUGGUCGCUGCAGACGAUGGGAUUAUGCCGCAAACGCGGGAAGUUCUGGACCUUGUCAAGCGGGAUAGCAAUGUCAACCUCGUCGUCGCGAUUAACAAGUGCGACAAGCCUGAGGCUGACGUCGACAGGGUCCAAAAACAGUUGAUGGAGGUCGGCAUCCAGCUCGAGUCCAUGGGCGGCGACAUUCCUUCUGUGGAAGUGUCAGGCCUCACUGGCAAGGGCUUGCCUGAUCUUGUCGACACGCUCUCCGCUAUCGCUGAGGUCAAGGACAUCCGUGCCGAGGAUGACGGUCCCGUCCAAGGCUACGUUCUUGAGUCGCGCAUGCAGAAAGGCCUUGGAGCUACGGCAACCGUCCUCGUCCUACGCGGCUGCCUCAAGCCUGGUGCUCUCGUGAUUUGCGGUACUCACCAGGCCAAGGUCCGCCUCAUGCAGGACGACGCUGGCAAACCGGUCAAAUCCGCCGGACCUGGUAGCGCCGUUGUCGUCACUGGCUGGAAGUCCCUGCCAUCGGCUGGCGAGGAGGUCGUCCAGGCCAACUCCGAGUCCGAGAUCAAGCGCGCCAUCGCAAAUCGCGAGCGACAGGCCGACAUUGAGUCCGCGCUCGCCGACGUCGAGGUGAUCAACGCGGCCAGGCGCGCGGAGCGCGAGCGACGAGCCGUGGAGGCUGAUCUGGAUGACGAUGCUAUUCGUGCGCUUGAGCGCGAGCGUGCGAGGGAGGAAGAUGGGCAGAAGACGCUGCGGUUGAUUAUCAAGGCCGACGUCAGCGGGAGUGCGGAGGCGGUGGCCGGCGCGCUGGUUGGCAUCGGCAACGACAAGGCGGCGACGAAGAUCAUCGCGUCGGAGGUAGGCGAGGUGUCCGAGUCUGACGUGACGCGUGCCAAAAUCUCUGGUGCCGCUGUCGUUGCGUUCAACGUCAAGACGCCGCGCCCCAUCCAGAUGCUGGCUGAUCGUGAGGGCGUGCCCAUCAUCUCCUCGCCCAUCAUCUACCGCUUGAUGGAGGAUGUGCGCGGUCGGGUCAUCGACCUGCUACCCAAGAUCAUCGAGACCCGCGUCAUCGGCGAGGCGAACGUCGUCCAGCUCUUUGACAUUUCCAUGAAGGGCAAGGUCACCAAGAAGAUUGCUGGCUGCCGUGUCUCGAACGGAGUCCUGCAGAAGGACAAGUUGCUGCGCGUCAUUCGGAACGGGUCGACCGUUUACGAAGAGGGUUCACUCGACACCAUGCGCCACCACAAGAGCGAUGUCAUGGAGGUCCGCAAGGGCAUUGAGUGCGGCCUCAACAUCAGCGGCUACGACGACCUCCGCGAGGGCGACAUGAUCCAGAUGUUUGAGCGCGUCGAGAAGCCCGGUAUCCUCUAG